UCGGGUAAAAUCAUGCUUUGUCGCCGUGCCGGGGUCAACCUGGUUUCGUAACUUUCCAAUUAUCAAAAAGAGUUGACAAUUCUUCACCAGGAAUAAGCAGAUCUUUCCGUGACACUCGGUCCCGUAAUUAAGACAGAGGAAGCCAACAAAGACACCAGAUUCCUGAUAAUUGAUUGUCUGGAAGAUUUAUUGGAUAUAAAGAGAAGGUUCUACACACAGCUUGCACCUGCAGCGUCCAGCGAGUAACCAGGUCUCAGUAAACCAGGAGAUAAUCCCUUAUCACCAGUAUUGAACAGAAAACAUCAGCUUUGUUCCACCAUGGCGGGCGAAGGCACCUAUCAAUGGUCACUGGAUGACGACUCCCUCAAGAAAGCCGCCAAAGAACUGAACGAAGACAGCAAACAGAGAGCCUCCCAGAUCGACUCUCUGAGGACCUGGGUGAAGAAACAGCCACACAUAACUUCACGAACAGACGACGCGUUCCUGCUGCGUUUCCUCCGCACCAGUAAGUUCAGCAUGUUAAGGGCCCAGCAGAUGUUGGACAAGUUUUGUACGGUCAGGUCGUCACAGGAGAAGGGCGUCCCCCUUUGGUUCAAGGAUUUGGACCCCGAGGACCCCAAAAUAUUGGAACUCUUGGAUAUCGGGACCUGCCUCCCACUGCCAGGGAGAGACGACCAAAAUAGGAAGGUUAUGCUAUACAGAACUGGUGCUUUCGAUCCAAAAGUCCACGACUUCUCUGACGUGAUGAGACUGGGGUUCAUCACCACAGACAUCCUCCUGAUGGACGAGCUGAACCAGAUCCACGGUUUUGUCAUCUUACUGGACUUCUCGGAGUUCGGUAUGAGUCACGUGACCUGCUGGGGUCCGGAUACCGUCUCUAAGGCAAUGAUGUGCUGGCAG